CUAGAGGAGUGCAUGUGUAUGAUAGAGUUACAUACCAGGAUAUAAUAUCAAACCAUUCUGUCUGGAAGUGACCCUGCUGACCAUCAAAUGGAGAUAUGUUCUAUUCGUAUGAUAAGACACAACAGCAGGUUGUUGUGCAUCUGACACUUGAUAUGGGAGGAAGUGGCCAGGCUAAACUGAAAAAGCCAAACGAAGAGGAGGAGUUUGAGGUCCUUGAUGUAAGAGGAACUGCUCGUAACGGGAUGUCGUGGCUCCAAGAGUUUAUGCAUGAUUUGACCCAGCAGCCUGUCACAAAGCAAGUCGCUGUUGGUGGUUUGUCAGGAUGGGUUGUAGGAUACUUAUCAAUGAAGGUGGGCAAAGUUGCUGCAACAGUAGUUGGUGGAAGCCUUCUCAUCAUGCAACUGGCUGCCCAUAAAGGAUAUAUAAAAGUGGAUUGGAAUAAAGUGAACAGGGAACUUGAGAAGAAUGCUAAGAAGCUGAAGCAAGAGGUAGAGUCCACUGUGAAUGCUGGAGCUACAGAUGAGAAUCUACUGAGAGAUGCAGCUCGCCAGAUGGAUAGAAAAUUAGAAAAGGCUGCAAUAAAGCUGGACCGCAAAUUAAAUAAAGUUGAGCAAAAGGCAGAAUCGUGGGUAAACAAAAGAAUGAAAUCAGCACAAAAGGCAUACAGGAAAUAUGUGCUUGGGGAUAACAGCACAUUUACUGUAGAUGAACUGUAUAUGCUUAAUAUGUACAUAAUGGCUUUUUCUGCUGGUACAAUGUUAGGAGUUGGAAUGGCAAAGAUGCUUUAGGCAUAAGGAGGUUUUGAGUGUCAUACUAAGCAGCAUUGUUUAUUUAAUGCUGACUAUUGAACACUUGUAGUAUAUGUAUGCUGUAGCACACCCAUUAUUGGUAUAAUAUCAGGUAUUGGAUAACAAAGUAUUAAUAAUAGGAUUUAUUCCUAAUACUGUGCUACAUUAUCUUAAUCUCUUUAUAUUAGAGACUUGCAUAAAUUUUAAGGUGUGUGUGUGUGUGUGUGUGUGUGUGUGUGUAUUGUACCAUUAUGAUUGUGCUGUAUAUCAGUAAUGUCUUAUGACUUCCAGUGGUAUUAACCAGGAACCUAUCUGUAGCUUUGAAGUGACAUUGGUCAUGUCAGUGUAGUUAUAAGUAGCCUUUGAUAAAAAUUGUGAUGGAAAUGAUACCACUUCAUAGCUCAAAAUAGAUUACCAGUACAUUAUAAUAGGUUUUUAAGAUUCAGUUGCAGUGUUAUUUGCAAAUAAAGCACCAAACAUUAAUUGAAUUGAAAUAUGAAUUUACUUAACAUUUCUUAAUGAUAUUUAUUUUAAUCGUGAGACUGGCUGCAUUUGCUUGCUGGGAAGUGUUGUUGACUUGGAUUAUUAUUAUAAUCAAGGGGAAGCGCUAAACCCGUAGGAUUAUACAGCGCCCAGGGGGGGAUGUGGAAGGCAUUCAGGCUUAAUUCGGGGAACUGGAGCACAGAUUCAAUUCCCUAAAUCAAGAGCCCCUCACCAACAUCAAGGAACCUUCCAUGAGGGGUUGUUGACUUGGAGUUGCAUAAUUUGUACAAUGUGGAGUUACUGUGAUCUUAAGCAAAUAGUGAAUGUUUCUCUUGGGCAGUAAAUAAGCAAAAGGCCUUUUUGUCAAUUGUGUUAGCUGUUUCUCCAAAAGAUUUGUGAUAAUGAUAGAAUUACUAUUUUUGCCUAAGUGAUAUUGCUAUUAAAUAUUUACGAGUACUUUACUGUACUCGGUACAGUCUAGUCUGUUGUAUUGAUUUAUUAUAUAAAAUUAUUA